UCCAGCCUGCGCAGACAGCUCUCCGCACUCAUCACCGAGCAGCAGGAGCACGGCUGCAGGAGGAGGACCAGGCACGAGAGGAUUAACACGCGUAAGACGCUCAUCAUUGAAAGCAGUCCUGAUGAUGACCUGGUGAAUCUGGAGGUGCUCGACGAGGAAACAAUUAUUAGUCAUCUCCAGAGGAGGUAUGGAGAGCUGCAGAUCUACACGUAUGUGGGAGACAUCCUCAUCGCUCUCAACCCCUUCCAGAGCCUCAGCAUCUACUCCCCACAGUUUUCCAAGCUGUACCAUGGAGUCAGGCGCUCAGAAAACCCCCCACACAUCUUCGCCACGGCAGACGCUGCUUACCAGAGCAUGGUCACCUUCAGCAAAGACCAGUGCAUCAUCAUCAGUGGGGAGAGUGGGGCAGGGAAGACGGAGAGCGCCCACUUGAUUGUCCAGCACCUCACCUUUCUAGGAAAGGCCAACAACCGCACACUGCGAGAGAAGAUCCUGCAGGUAAACCCUCUGCUCGAGGCCUUCGGGAACGCCUGCACCGCCAUCAACGACAACUCCAGCCGCUUCGGCAAGUACCUGGAGAUGAAGUUCACCCCAACCGGCGCCGUCAUGGGCGCCAAGAUCUCCGAGUACCUGCUGGAGAAGUCCCGGGUCAUCAAACAGGCAGUAGGAGAGAAGAACUUCCAUAUCUUCUACUACAUCUAUGCUGGCUUGUACCACCAAGAGAAACUGAAGAAGUACAGACUCCCGGACAAAACACCACCAAGGUACAUUGGCAGUCAGAAUGGGAGGGUGAUGCAGGAUAUUAUCUCUAGCAAACUCUACAAGGAGCAGUUUGAUGCCAUCCAGGACUGCUUCAGGAUCAUAGGGUUCACUGAAGAGGAGGUGAACUCAGUGCACAGGAUCCUGUCUGCCAUCAUGAACACGGGCAACAUCGAGUUCACCUCCAUCACCUCACAGCACCAGACCGACAAGAGCCAAGUGCCCAACUCAGAGGCUUUGGACGAUGCUGCCGAUCUCCUGUGCAUCGGGUCUGAGGAGCUGCAGGAGGCGCUGACGUCCCACUGCGUGGUGACGCGCGGCGAGACCAUCAUCCGCACCAACACGGUGGACAAGGCCACGGACGUGCGCGACGCCAUGUCCAAGGCCCUCUACGGGCGCCUCUUCAGCUGGAUCGUCAACCGCAUCAACGCCCUGCUCCAGCCCGACACCAACAUCUGUGCUGCAGAGAGUGGCAUGAACGUGGGCAUCCUGGACAUCUUCGGCUUCGAGAACUUCAAGAAGAACUCCUUCGAGCAGCUCUGCAUCAACAUCGCCAACGAGCAGAUUCAGUUCUACUUCAAUCAGCACAUCUUCGCUCUGGAGCAGAUCGAGUACCAGAGCGAGGCGGUGGAUGCCAGCCAGGUGGAGUAUGAGGACAACCGGCCCAUCCUGGACAUGUUCCUGCAGAAGCCCAUGGGCCUGCUGUCCCUGCUGGACGAGGAGAGCCGCUUCCCACAGGCCACCGACCAGACGCUCGUGGACAAAUUUGAGGACAAUCUGCGCUGCAAGUACUUCUGGAGGCCGAAGCGAGUGGAGCUGUCCUUUGGGAUUCAACACUACGCUGGAAAGGUUCUGUACAACGUGAACGGGUUCCUGGAGAAGAACCGGGACACACUCCCAGCAGACAUCGUGGUGGUUCUGAGGACCUCUGAGAACAAGCUCCUCCAGCAGCUCUUCUCUAGUCCGCUCACCAAGACAGGUAAUCUGGCCACAUCCAGGGCCAGGGUCACUGCUGCCUCCAGGUCACUGCCCCCACAGCUCAACAACACACGCAACAAGUCUCCCAAAUACCUGCUGAAGGUGGAUACCAUGGAGAUGAUGCGACAUCCUGAGGAGACUACCAACAUGAGGAGGCAGACUGUGGCCUCAUACUUCCGCUACUCCCUGAUGGACCUGCUGUCCAAGAUGGUGGUGGGGCAGCCCCACUUUGUGCGCUGCAUCAAGCCCAACGACGACCGGCAGGCGCUGCGCUUCUGCAAGGAGCGCGUCACGGUCCAGCUGCGCUACACCGGCAUCCUGGAGACCGUCAACAUCCGUCGCCAGGGUUACUCCCACCGCAUCCUCUUUGAGGAGUUCGUGAACAGGUAUUACUAUCUUGCGUUCAGAGCUCAUGAGAUGCCAGAGAGCAGUAAGGAGAAUGCCAAAGCCAUCCUGGAGAAGGCCAAACUAGAGAACUGGGUUAUUGGAAAAACCAAGGUGUUCCUGAAGUACUACCACGUGGAGCAGCUGAACCUGAUGGUGCGGGAGGUGCUGGCGCGGGUGGUGGUGCUGCAGGCCUACACCAAGGGCUGGCUGGGGGCCCGCCGCUACCGCCGAGAGAGGGCACGCCGCAGCCAGGGAGCCACCGUCAUACAGUCAGCCUGGAGGGGCCAUGUCGCUCGCCAGAAUAUCAGGCAAAUCAGGAAGGAGCGCGAUGAGGCAGCUGUCUGCAUCCAGUCAGCCUACAGAGGACACAGAGUACGCAAAGACUGCAAGCAGAAACGACAUUCUGCACCAGAAUCACUGAGGAACGGUUCGGCGACCCAGAGGAAAGGUUCGGCCGCGGAUAGCAACCGCAUCCUGAAAGACCAGGCUCAGGCUGACAGGGCGACUGCUGACAGGCAGGCCAGAGCAGGCAGCCUUGACAAAGGCCCCGGCCCAGACAACACCACCACCACCAACACCACCACCAACACCACCACCAACACCAGCAGCAGCAGCAGCAGCAGCCGUGACAGACACAGCCUGGGCAGCAGCGGAGGAGGAGGAGGAGGAGGAGGAGGGAUUAACACGCAAAUCAAAGUGCUGGACGGCGAGGACGAGUACUACAAAUUACUGUCUGCCCAGGACUCCAUCCCCGAGGAGGACUUCGCCACGGCAACCCCUCCCACGUUGUCACGGGAGCCCCUCAUCACUCAGACCUGA